AUGAGAAUCACCCAGCUCUACACUUACCCUAUCAAGUCCCUCCGCAGCGUCCCUCUCACAACAGCCAUCGCCUCUCCACAUGGAUUUCCCUACGACCGGCGUUUUAUGCUCGUCAAAGUUCACGAUGGCAAAACAUUCUCGCCCCGCUCUAAAAGCCACGCCAAUGGCAACUUGGAGAACAUGACCAUCACGUACUACCCAGAGCUAGCACUAUUCCUCCAGAGCAUCAACUCGAACGGGACGUUCACAGUCACCUACGAUCCUCCAGACAGAGCGAGAAGGAGCUUGGAGAUACAGUUGGAGCCUGAGGUGGCACACUUGGAAGAGAUGGAUGUGCGGCUACACCAGAGUCCUGCCAAGGGGUACAAGAUGCCUGAGAGGGUCAAUGCUUGGUUCUCAGAGUGCUUUGGCUAUGAUGUGAUGCUGUCAUACCUUGGGCCGAAUCGACGGCCGGUGCUCGGGAAUUUGUCUCCCAAUGCGGCUCAGGAUGGCGGCGCUGCCAGCAAGUCGUGGCUUUCGAGCAUCACUACAAGUAUACCAAGCCUCUUAGCCAGUAAGGAUAUGGAAGGAGAGGGUAUCAGCUUCGCGGAUGUUGCCGCCUACCUCGUUAUCACAGAAGAGUCAUUGCGAGAUGUCGAUUCGCGAUUACAAGACGGUACACGAAUGGACGUCACGAAGUUCCGACCCAACAUUGUCCUUUCAGGUGCCGCAGCAGCAUACGAGGAGGACUAUUGGGGUAGCAUUACCAUAAACCCAAACAAAAAACAGGAGAAGAAUAACGUCACAGAGAUCGUACUGACACAGAACUGUGGAAGAUGCGUCAGCAUCAACGUCGACUACUCGACAGGCAAAUCUGGAACCGGCGAAGCAAAUAUCCUUAAGAAGCUGAUGAAAGAUCGGAGGGUAGAUAAGGGCAACAAGUACAGCCCGAUCUUUGGGCGUUAUGGGUUCUUAAAGGGAGCAGCAGCUGGGCAGGUGAUUGAUGUUGGGGAUGAAGUCACGGUUUCGAAGACCAACAAGGAACGGACUACAUUUCGUAGGUCAUCAGUUCGUGAUUAA